AUGACCCCAAUAUUAACCAAGGACUUGUUCGAUUCAUUAAGCUUAAAAGGUUAUUGCAGUGGUAAAGAAACGCUUUGCGAGGUGCCUAUAUCUAUGGCAUUAUAUACGCCAGAUGAAAGCCAUCGUACCAAAUACCAAAUCAGACUAUACAACGAUAUCAACAAAACACUCGAGCACAUGGAGAAUCUCACUUUUGAAAACUACAAACUUGCCAUUUGCAGCUUGGAAUACCAGAAUAUAUUCUUGCGAUUCAAGUUAAGCCCCGGCGAAGAUAUGGGCCGUCAUGUCAUCUACAAGGCCUUGGAAUAUGUCUUGCUUGCCGUCAAGGAUGAAUACAUCGACAGAAGGGAGUUGGUGCGUGUGGUGCAACAAGCGGUUGCGCCCCCCGAGCUGAAAGUCAAUGAAUAUUUCAGCAACUUCAACUAUUUUGCAGGCAAGAUUGCCUCGUCUAAUAAACGCAACUCGUUGUUGGAAGCGUUGGCCUUGACGUAUGCGAUUGAUGUCUUUUUAUAUCCCGAGUUAUGGAGCAAGAUUCAAUUGUUGAAAUCAAAAAACCAGCAGGCCUUGUUGCUCCAGUUGAUCCCACCGUACUUCCAUCGCUCCUUGAAUGACGGAGGAGUCGAGUCGUUUGAGGUGUUUAAUGAUAUUGCUCAAGAAUGGUGCCACGAGCACUACUCGCCCGAUGAAGCUGAUUCCGUGGUGGAGGAGAUGAUUGACGGCAUCAGCUUAACCCAAAUGACUACUGCUGAAGUUUGGAAGAAAUUGAGAUUAGCUUGUGGAGAGUAUAUGAAGAAAAAAAAGGAAUUUCAAAGACACUGUUGA